AUGAAGGGGAGAGGCGCUCUGCUGGUGGUGGCUCUAACCCUGCUCUGCAUCUGCGGGCUGACCACCGCAGAGGAUGACAAUGAGUUCUUCCUGGAAUUCCUGCAAACGCUGCUGGUGGGAACCACAGAAGAGCUCUAUGAAGGGCCCCUGGGCAAGUACAAUGUCAAUGAUAUGGCCAAGGAAGCCCUGGGAGAGCUCAAGUCCUGCAUUGACGGCCUACAGCCUGUGCAUAAGGAACAACUGGUCAAGCUGCUGGUGCAAGUGCUAGACGACCAAGGGGACACAUAA